GCGAAGAGAAUGAGUUCGUUAGAAAAGGUCACAGAGCUAUACGAAGACUAUCGGACGGGAAAGAAGCUUACGAGUGCGGACAUAGUGUACUUAAACAAUGUUCUUGCCGACAAGCCUAACAUGUACGUCCGUUCUCUGCUGACGGCGUUCAUACGGCAGCUGGUAUUGGACGGUGAAAUUACCUUAACACCCGAGCUGAUGCACCAGAUCGUACAGGGUCUCAAGUUCAACGAGUACGUGAACGUUGAUAUGGCCAUGGAGUACUCGUCGUAUUACAACGAUUUGCAGAACGUGAUAUUCGGCGUUUUCAGGGACAACAUGAAUUUGCCUUUUGUCAAGGCGGAAAUGAACCGACUCGUUGAGAACGUGGCAUUUGAUAAGAUGGGAGUGAAUCUCAUAUUUGAGACGGACGUAACACCAAAGAACCAUUUGUUGUGCGUGUUGAAGGAUCUGAAGGAGGACGAGGAGCUGAUUACUGCUUUUCAUACCGGCAAGAAUGAGAUACAGCGAGAAUAUUUGUUGAAAAUGUUCAUGAGGCUCAAGCGGAAGAUCCUUGAGAACAACUCACGGAUCUACAUGACGUGCGUGGCUGAGAUUAACGAGAUACUGCGGAUGAGCGACCUAGAUUUGAUAAACGUAAAGUUUGAGCUCACAGAGAAUCAUCUUAAGUACCUGAACGCGUUAUGUGUCGACGUUUCGAGUUCAUUGCAGACGUAUGCUAUUCUGGAAAAGCAUGGUAUUAUGGCCGAUGCGUUCUAUGCAAUGGAACAAACGGUGGACACGGGCAAGAUGAUGCUGCCUGUCGAUCUGCGCCUGAUGAACCAGGUGCUCAAGAUUUUGGCCAAGGCCACCAGAGCAGAUAAAUGUGCAGAAAACAAGAACAUUGAGCUGAUGGUGGGCGCACUGUUCUCAGUUCUUCCGAACGAAACGAAAGGCACGGUGUGCAGAAUACUGGCCAACUACGAUGAGAAGGACGAUCGUAAGAUCAUAAUUGGGAAACUUACCGAGAAUAUCGGCGCGUUGUACGAUAUUUAUGGUCGGGAGGACGGUGGAUAUGAGUUUGUGACGGGAUUCGUUUAUUUUGUGAAGCGAUGCGUGUGUGGGAACGGAGGAAGGAAAGGAGGUGAGGUGGCCGAAGAUGAGAUAAACGAAGACGAGGACGAAAGCGGUGGAGCGAUGGCCGUGCGCAGCAGGGAAAAGAGCAAGUCUAAGGAAGAAAGCGCGGGCACUGCAGACCGGGAGGACAACUUCGAGUACAAAAAUGUUGUUAAGAACGUGAUUACGGACGAUAGCACCAAAAUUUUGAACACCAAGAUCAUCGAUUUCAUAAUUUUUGUGAUAAGGACGGAGAACACGGAGAUAAUACGCUCAGUGCUGCAGGUAUUGCUGUACGUGGACGUGCGCUUUGUUUACGAUAAGCUGCUCAGGCAGCAGAAUUACAUAAAGAAGGCGCUCAUCAAGGACUACGUCGUUAACAACCUGUUGAUCGGUAUUUUCAUGGACGUGGAGGUGCCCGAGCUGCGCGCAUUUGAUUAUGGGCUGCUUGCGCGUAUGAUCACCGUUCCAUGCGACGACUUUUUCAAGUUUUUUAAAAAAUUUGACUUUGCCGUAAUCGUCCUGUUCCUCAACGAGGAUCUUCUCGAGCAGAUAGGAAACAACAAGAAGGAAGGCUUUGCGUUUUUGCUCGACCACAGUGGUGAGAUGAGCAUUUGCCGUUUUGUGGAGCGCAAUUUGAGUUUUCUUGUUUCGCUUGAGAAUCGCGAUGUGCUCGUGCUGGUGGACAGGGUGAUGGACAAGAUAAACGUUAAGGAUGUGCAUGUUGUGCUGCAGAACAUGAAGAUGCGCAGGUAUGUGGGCGAGUACUACAACAUCCUUGCGAAGAAGAUGGUCUAUGAGAACGACGGCAAUAUUGUGGACUUGAAUGAAAGCAUAGAACUGAUGAACGAGAACACGCGCACGAGUUACUGCAGGCUUUUGAAGAUAAAGAUGGUCCUUGGUGAUGAUAUCUCGAGGCACAUAGUGCCGCUGCUCUCUUACAAUUCGGCAUGCAUCGAUGAUCUGAUUACGUUUUACUAUGUGUGCACGGGCAAAGAUGUAAAAAGCGUGAAUACGCUGCUUUACAGGGCCUUUUCCAAAAAGGACAGCAGCCUGUUCAUUCUGCACUACGAUGAGGCCGACAACUUCACGCGAUAUGCGCUUUUCAACGCUCUGGAAGAGGAGUUGGAUGAUAGGGUGAAGAACAUUGUUGUUAGGCAGAUCGGUGACAUCCUGGGACAGGAAAGGAUUGAUGCGCAGAGCGUUGAGCUGUUGAAGAUGUGCAUAGUUACGUUGUUGAGAUGCAAAGACGUUGAUGAUGCGGUGAUGAUGUUUGAUGAGUGUGUGAUUGAUGAGGUUAAGGAUUUGGUGAGGAUGCUGGUCAAGAAGAAUUUGGUAGAGAGGGGCACAUGCUACGUUAAGGGAGAGGAGGAUGACGAGAUGAAGUAUUUGCUGGGUAGGAUGCUGUGAUGGCCCGUUCAUCGGUGAGAGUGGCUGGCCGGGUGUAGUUCAAUGGACUGGAUGGGUCGGCAGGGCGAGCCAUGCGGUUAAGGCGCAUAACGCAUUAUGCAGGCUGUGUGGUAAUUUAAGUGUUUUACCGACCGCUUCUUUGGUUGGUCGGCAUCACGCGUCCUUUUUGUGGUGUUCCAUUUUUCUGCCCGUUUUGGAUAAAUCGGUAGGUAAAGGGCAUGAGAGAAGCGAUGGGUGUGGUGGUGCUGAGGCGAAUUCGUAAUUUUUUACGGUUCGCUUUCAAAACGAUGCACGUUGGUGUGGAGCGAAUAAAUUGAUUGGUGUUACUCACAAAGGAUUUUAUUUAGCGUUGACGUGGGAUGAAAUGAUUUUAACGGUUUUAGACGGGUCUGGCGGGUAAUGCGGAUUCUCCGUGGCCUGUGGUGUUUCUUCAGUUGGUUGAAAACCCUUAACGGGGAGUGACCGCGAUUGAGCAGCACGCACUUGUGCGUAUUCUGGUGCAGUAUGCGAGAAUUAACCGUGGAAGCGUUGUUGUGAAGGUGGGAAGAACAGCGAUCCGAUCACGGUGAUAUGAUUUGGAAGAAUCUAC